CCUCUCCUCCCAUCGGGAAUUAAGAACUGCUGAAUCAUCCGAGUUACACUUUCUCACAAAACUUACACUACGCAGUAAAAACGUUUUACUCCUUUAAGACAUGGCAGAGCAAGAGUCCACUCCCAACAUUGUUAGACCGGUGCUGGUCACCAUCGAGGGGGUGCAACUUCAGUCCAACUUUGCAGCAAACUGGGACCGGGUAAAGGUAUUCCAGGCUAAACCCGAUGACCUGCUACUAGCAACUUAUCCCAAAGCAGGCACAACAUGGAUCACUGAAAUUGUGGACAUGAUUAAUAACAAAGGAGAUGUUGAGAAAUGCAUGCGGGGUCCUACCCACGAAAGAGUCCCCUUUCUGGAAUUUGGAGCACCUAAACCCCUUCCAACAGGUAUAGAGCAGCUAGCUAUUACCCCCUCACCUCGGAUGAUAAAGACACAUCUCCCCUAUCAGCUGGUUCCAAAGUCCUUCUGGGAACAAAACUGCAAGGUGAUUUAUGUUGCACGGAAUGCCAAAGACAAUGUAGUGUCCUAUUACCACUUUGAUUGGAUAUGCCGUCUUGAAGUCCUUCCAGGUCCAUGGGAGGAGUACCUGGAAAAUUUCAUGAAAGGAAACAUCUCCUAUGGAUCCUGGUACGACCAUGUGAAGAAGUGGUGGGAAAACAAGGAUCGGCAUCGGAUACUAUACAUGUUUUAUGAAGACAUGAAAAAGGAUCUGAGGAAGGAGGUACUCAGAAUCAUGAAUUUCCUGGAGAAAGAGUUGCCAGAGGAAAUAAUUGAUAAGAUUGUCCACCACACAUCCUUUGAAGUCAUGAAAGAGAAUCCCAUGGCGAACUACAGCACUGUAUCCGGAGCAGGUUUCUUGGAUCAUAAGACGUCUCACUUCAUGAGAAAGGGUUCUGUUGGAGACUGGAAAAACUACUUCACUGUUGCCCAAAAUGAGAGGUUUGAUGCUGAUUAUAAAAAGAAGAUGGCAGGAGCAACACUGAAGUUUGUGGAUGAACUCUGAAAAAAAGCAGUGAAUCCAGGAUCUAGUGAAUAAACAGUAUUUUAUCCCUAAAGCUAAUAAAUGAUAAACAUCUA